AAUGAAGCAGGACGGACCAGGAUCUUCCCAGGAAAAACAUCUGUCCAUGGAAAGUAACUGGUCUAAAGAUGAACCAAUUCAAUUCAAGGAAAGAGAACCCACUGGAAAUAAAAACCAAACGGAUCAGGAGCCACCAGAACCACAUCAACCAUGUUUGGUGUCCAUUUCUGCUGAGAGUCCUGAGGAAUCUAAAGAUGAACCAACUGAACCCAAGACACGAGGAAACUCGCUUCUUGAAAUGUUGGCUCGAAUAUCGACUUUCUCUAACCAGAGAUCAGAAACUUCUAGAGACCAUAAAGAGCAUCUGGAUUCUGUUUUCAAGGUGGUUGAGGAGGACAUUUUCAGUUUUGUAAGAACUGAACUGCAGAAGAUGAAGAACAUGUUGAGCCCUGAGGGCUCAGGGUGUCUUAAUGUGGAUGAUAAAACAGCUGGAGAUGAAGAGCAAAGGAGAGACAACAGAGAUGCAUUCCUGAAAAUCACACUGAACUUCCUGAAGAGAAGAAAUGAGGAGCAGCUGGCUGAUUCUUUACAAAAUAAAACUCAAGCUGCUAUUUGCCARGUGAAAUUAAAGUCCAGCCUGGCCAAAAGGUGUCAGUACCUGUUUGAGGGUAAUUCAUGGAGAGGAAAACUGACGUCUAUGAAUCAGAUCUACACUGAGCUUAAUGUCACAGAGCAAGAGAAAGGAAAKGUCAACAAUGAACAUGAGGUCCAACAAACUGAAGCAGCAUCCUUGAAACCAGGUGAUCCAGAAGCAACCAUSAGCYGUGAGGAUAUUUUUAAACCUGGAAGAGAUGAGCAAAUCAGAACGAUGGUGAYCAAAGGUGCUGSUGGCAUUGGGAAAACACUCUUGACACAGAAAUACACCUUGGACUGGGCUGAAGGUAAAGCCAACCCCAAUAUACAGUUUAUCUUCCCAUUCACCUUCCGAGAGCUCAACUUGCUGAAAUCUCCAAGCAUCACCUUAGUGAAACUGAUCCAUCAGUUCUUUCCUGAGAUAAGAAAAGCAGGAAUCUGCARCUUUGAAGAGUUCCAGAUUUUGUUUAUUUUUGAUGGUCUGGAUGAACUUCAACCUCCUCUGGAUUUCGGAGACACUCCGAUUCUGACAGAUGUUACAGAACCUUCCUCACUUCACACGAURCUCGUAAACCUCAUCAGAGGGAARUUACUUCCYUCRGCYCGUCUCUGGAUAACCACACGACCCGCAGCAGUCCAUCAGAUCCCURUUCAGUAUGUUGACAGUGAGACAGAAAUCAAAGGUUUCACAGACCAGAGGAAGGAAGAAUACUUCAGGAAGAGAUUCCAACACAAGGAAGAGGCCAGUAAAAUCAUCUCUCAUAUUGGGACAUCAAGAARCCUCCACACAAUGUGUCACAUCCCAGUUUUCUGUUGGAUCACAGCUACAGUUCUGGAUCAGGUCUUGAAAGAUAAAGACAAAACAGAGCUGCCCAAAACCCUGACUGAGUUGUAUAUCCACUUCUUGGCUGUACAGGUCAAACAGGACAAUGCCAAGUAUCAGAAAAAAGUUUUGACUGAUGAAAUCUGGAAUUCASAAACUGAGAAAAUCAUUCUUGCAAUGGGAAAGCUGGCCUUUGAGCAGCUGGAGAAAAGAAAUCUGCUCUUUUAUGAAGAGGACCUAAAAGAGUGUGGCAUUGACAUAAACACUGCAUCGACUUACCCAGGAGUGUUUACAGAGACCUUUAAGGAAGAGAGCCUACUGAASCACAAAAGGCUCUUUUGUUUUGUCCAUCGGAGCAUUCAAGAGUUUCUGGCUGCACUUCAUGUCUUCUUAGUGUUCAUGAAGGCUGGUGACAAUCUGGUGAGAAGAAGUCGCAGUGCUUUGCAACCCGAAUCUAAAUUUAAACAGUUUUAYCAGAGUGCAGUGGACAAGGCUUUGGAGAGUCCAGAUGGAUACUUGGACAUGUUURCCCGCUUUCUCUUGGGGCUUUCACUGAAAACUAACCAAGACCUCYUACAAGGCUUGUUGAAAAAGACCAAAAAUGUUYCGCAGGUUCAAAAAAUGCUUGUCCAACACAUCAAGAAAAAUAUCAGGGAUUGUCCUGAUGCUGAGAAAAGCAUCCGRAUGUUUYACUGGCUGAAUGAACUGAAUGACCACUCUCUAGAGGAGGAGAUACGGCUCUACGUGAGUGGAGAAGUCCUUGAAAAAGAGCUCACCUCUUCUCAGUGGUCAGCACUGACCUUUGUCUUGUUGUCUUCACAAAAAGUGUUUGAUGUUUUUGACUUCAAGAAGUUCUGUAAAUCAAAGGAGGCCCUUCUGUGGCUAGCACCAGUGGUGAAAGUAUCAAAGAAGUCUCUGCUGUGUAGCUGUAACCUGUCACAGAGGAGCAGUAUACUUCUGGUGCCAGUGUUAACCGCUGAGAACUCUUGCCUCAGAGAGUUGGACCUGAGUGACAAUGAUCUGCAUGAUGAAGGAGUAGAUUUGCUUUCUUAUGGACUCAGGAGUCCAAAGUGUAAACUGGAGGUUCUCAGCUUGUCAGGCUGCCUGGUCACAGAGAAAGGAUGUGCCUCUCUGGCUUCAGCUCUGAUCUCCAAUCCUUCAUAUCUGAGAGAGCUUGACCUGAGCUUCAACCAUCCAGGAGAGUCAGGACUGGAUGUUUUUAUCACUGGGCUGCAGGAUCCAAACUGGAAACUGAAAACUCUAAAGCGGGAUCACUGUGGAAAACAACGCCUGAAUCCAUCACCCCAAAAGUUCUUCCUAGAGCAGACCCUGGAUCCCAACACAGCAAACAGAAAUCUGAUGCUGACACAAGACAACAAACAUGUGAAGGUUGUGAAGGAGGAGCAGCCAUACGCUGACCAUCCAGAGAGGUUUGACACCUGGAAGCAGGUGCUGUGCACUGAUGGUCUGACUGGUCGCUGCUACUGGGAGGUCCGAUGGAAAGGGACAGUCAGAAUAGGACUGACAUACAGAGGAAUCAGGAGGCAGGGGGAGAGUGACGAGUGCUGCAUUGGUGGAAACGAUCAGUCCUGGGCUCUUUCAUGCAGUCCUCAGAGUUUCACUGCCUGGCACAACAACACACCAACAGCAGUAAAACCACUUGAAAAGACCAACUCCAACAUGCUGGGAGUGUAUUUGGACUGGUCUGCAGGCACUGUGUCCUUUUACUUGCUCCUUAGAAGAGCUUCCAUCCCAAAAAAUACCCAUCUUCAUACAUUUCAGGCGACAUUCACUGAACCACUCUAUGCUGCAUUUGGGUUUGAACAAACCCAGGUACUUGAGGAUGAAUCUUCUUUAGUUUCCCUGAUUCAGGUUGAAUAAUGAGGUCUGAUCCUUUAGAGAAGAAUGUUUUACAAAGUGAACUCAGCAGCACUCAAAAGGUGGACAGAUAAGCUAUUCAUUUAUGUAAUACAACAAGGUCAUAGUUCAGAUCUGAUCUCCCAACAUGUAAAUCGUCAAUUUACAAAGAUAAUAAUCAGAGAACAUAUCAAACAAAAAUCAACACAAACAUAUAUGUACACUUAAUCUAGAAACUCAAAUCUGCUUAACUUGGACUGUGGGAGGAAACUGAAUUACCCAGACAAAACCAGGCACAUCUGGAGAACAUCAAAGCUUCAGACUGAAAAGGUUCAUCAGGUUUCUAGAAGAACCAUCACUAACCUCCCCUCUGCUCUAAUCCGUCCUGAUAGAUCUGUUGUUUAUGUUUUUAUUUAAUGCUCACAAUGAACUAUCUAAGCAUUAAAAUUAAAAUGUACUUUAAUAGGCAACAUUGAUUAUAUUUAACCAUGUUUGUGUGCGAAUGAAUGUCUCAACAUUAAGAAAGACAACAACUAUGAACUUAUCAGAAGAGAAAUCUCAAAAAGCUAAACUGGCUGAUUUUAAGACAGCAAACCUUCAGGCUCAGGUCAUGAAGACGAUAAUGUUUAAAAAACAAAUCAUUUUAAACUUCAAACUAAAGGAUUCACUAACAACAGCGCUGUCGAGUUAGUUUGUUAAAUUAUACUAACUUGUCCUCUGGGUUUAUUGUCUGMAACUUUUUUGCAGACAAAACAAACAAUGAUUUAUAGAAACAUGUCUUUAAUUCUUAGAAAUUAUUUUCCCCUUGAUUUGAUUUUUUGUGAAGCAGUUACAGGAUUUUUGCAGAAAGGAACCAAAUUUUAUUGUAUUUAUUUAAAAAUGUCUAGUUUUUCUAUUAAACACUAAGAUUGAACAUUUUAAUGAACAAAAUAAAGCAUUCUGUGGGUGAUUUUGUUUGUUAAUUAAGUUUUAUAUACAUCUGAAGUUUUGCUGAAACACUUUAAUUUCAUUUUAUUUAAUCAGAUUUAUAUGCUGUAAUUUGACCAGCAAUUCUAAAGUGUUUAUAYGCUAACUGUUGUGACUUUCUUUGUAAAUGUGCACCACUGUAUUAGAAUGUGUUGUGURUAUAAAUAUAGUCUGAUACCAUGUUAUGUUAUUAAACUCACAACUUAAGGU